AUGGCGCCUCACCGAUUUUCAGUGGCAUCACUGCUUGUUCUCCUCUUUUUAGUCGCGACUGUUGAUUCUGCUAUCAUCCAAAAGCGAGUUACCUCAUCGACUGUCGGUGUAUCAAAGAUUUCGUCUUCAUCGAAGGUUUCGUCUUCAAAGGUUUCUUCUUCCGCCACCGGUACCUCUAAACCGAAGACAAGUUCAACCAAGGCAGCCACUACUUCUUCGGGUGCAUCGAAGAUCUCAUCUGGUGCUGCUGGUAUCUCUAACCCAAGAACGGGUUCGACUACUUCGGCCACUGCUUCUUCGGCUGCUACUGGAUGGUAUGCUAUUCCCCAAAAGAACAUCCCCGCCAAUAGAGCAGGAGCAAUCUCGGACAAGCAAAAGAACUUCGGUUAUGGACCAGCCGUUGCAGGUGGGCCUUACUUCCCUAACGGUACCCUUGGUAAUACCUUGAUCCAGAAUGACAUCUCGAGCCUCCAGAACGAGACGGGUCCGCAACGCAGUGCCUCCGAUUCGGACGAGGCAAUGGCUGCUUCUGACAUUGGAAAAUACAAUGGCCUGAAGACAUUGGAUGACUACACACUGCUUUACGACGAUGAAUGGACAAACACUUUGUCUACUGGUCCGAUACCUGGCAUUCUCACAAACUACACCCAAGACCUGUUGUUCUCCAUGGAGCGUCUUUCUCUUAGCCCUUACCAGAUCCGCAGACUGAACUCCAGCAAAGAUACUCUAAACUUCAAGGUCGAUGACAAGAUCUCGAAGAAUAUCACCGGCAUGACAUUGCAGCAGUUGUUCACGUCUGGCCGCCUGUUCUAUGCAGACUACAGAGAUCAAGCCAAGCUUGCUUCCACUACCGAAGCUCGUUACUCGGCCGCUGUUGAUGCUUACUUCUACAUCAACCAGACUUCUGGAGACUUCCUUCCUCUUGCCAUUCGCACAAACCAAGGAGCAAGCCUGAUCUAUACACCUGCCGACAGUCCUAAUGACUGGUUGCUCGCAAAGAUCAUGUACAACGUCUGUGACUUGUGGUUUGCACAGUGGGAGCACUUAGCGAGAACUCAUGAAGUCGUUCAGAUCGUUUACAUGGCAGCUAUUCGAACACUGAGCGACGACCACCCUGUGAAAGCUGUGCUUGAUCGACUGAUGUACCAAGUCUUUGCAAUCCAGCCCUUGGCAGCUCAAGUCUUGUUCGCACCUGGUGGUGUCGUCGACUUGGCCUUCCCAUACACAUAUCAGUCUGCGCAAAACUACAGCAGCAACUACUACUUCACUCGUAGCGGUGCUUUCCAGUCGGGAACCUUCCUCAACGAUCUUACCAAACGUGGAUUGAUUAACGCCAAGGUCGGUCCGCAGCUCAAGAACUUCCCAUACUACGAGGAUGCUUCUGUCAUCUAUGGUGCCCAGCGUACCUUCAUGAGCUCCUUCAUCAACUCUUACUACUCGCAAAAUUCGGUGGUCGUGGCGGAUAAGGAGAUUCAGGCUUGGGUCAAGGAGUGCAAUGGAAUUGCCAAGGUCAUGGACUUCCCAGCUGCCAUUUCGACGAAGACCACACUUGUUGAUGUCCUAGCUCACAUGGCUCACCUCUCGUCGACCGCUCACCACACUGUCAACACCAACGAGCUUAUGUCCGCAUCAGCUACCCUCCCCUUCCACGCAAUGUCUCUGUACAGUCCUGUCCCCAAGCAGAAGGGUGUGACAAACCUUGUUGCCUUCCUUCCCCCACUCCAGAAAGCCGAGGAGCAGAUCGGUAUCAACGCUCUCUUCUCUCGCAACUACCUUGCUGGCACCAACCGCACACUAAGUCACAUGUUCGACGACGCCGCUAUGCUCAAGCGCAUGAAUGCCAAUACCAGAACCGCGGCUACGACGUUCAAGAGUGCUAUGGAUUCUUUCAGCAAAACCGUUAAGGCUAGAAAGUUUGACUCCAAGGGCUUAAGUCAGGGUAUGCCGUUCUUGUGGAAGGCAUUAGAUCCCAAUGUUGCACCUUUCGGUGUUACGGUCUAA